UUCCUUCUCUACAACAACCUCGCUCAUUCUGCUGGAAAAAAAUCUCGUCUGGAUACCCUCGGAUCACCACCGACGAUGGCGUACAACCAGCACAACGAUCCUUACAACCAACAUCACAAUGCUCAAUACUCGCAUUUGAACGUCGCUCCCGAGUAUCCUCCUGGUACAGCUUACGCGACUCCGCAAGAGUAUGACCAACAAUGGGACUCCAAGUCGGCCAAGUCUAUAGGCAGCAGCCAAUAUCAUGGCUCUCAAGCCCAUCUCAACCCUCAGUACGAAAUGAGCCAGGUCUCUCUUCACGGCGGCGCGCCUCCUGUUCCCACCAUGAACUACGGCGCUUAUCAGCCGGACUAUCCUCCUCAGCCUCGACCUGGCAUGCUCCAAGACAUGGGUUCCGGUUACUCGAUGGCCAGAGAAAAAUUGAUGAAGCGCAGGUCGGUUCGUCAAGUCGAGCUGCGGGACGGAAACCUGGUCCUCGACUUUCAAGCCCCUUCCCAUAUCGUUCCGAAGGGGAUGACUGACGUGGAGGAAAUGACAAAGAUGCGAUACACUGCUGCUACUUGCGACCCUGAUGACUUUAUGCGCCGGAAAUAUACUCUUCGCCCUUAUCUGUAUGGUCGCCGCACCGAAUUGUUCAUUGUCAUGACUAUGUAUAACGAGGACGAAGUCCUCUUCGUGAAAACCAUGAACGCCGUUAUCAAGAAUAUAGCUCACCUCUGUGGUCGCACGAGGUCUAAGAUGUGGGGACCCGAAGGAUGGAAGAAGAUUGUUGUGUGUGUCGUUUCCGAUGGCCGAAACAAAGUCAACAAGCGGACUCUCCAAGUCCUUACAUUGAUGGGCUGUUUCCAAGAAGGUGUCAUGAAGGAUGAAGUCGGCGGCAAGGACGUUACCGCUCAUAUAUUCGAGUUUACCACCAAUGUCAUUGUCACGGAUACCGGUGAAGUGUCUCCAGGCUCUUGUCCAGUCCAGGUUCUCUUUUGUCUGAAGGAGCAAAACAAGAAGAAGCUGAACAGUCACCGUUGGUUCUUUAAUGCCUUCGGGCCUCUGAUCAAACCGAAUGUCUGUGUGCUGCUUGAUGUUGGCACCAAACCUACUGGUACUUCCAUCUACGAGCUCUGGAAAUGCUUCGAUAAGCACAAAGGGGUCGGUGGCGCAUGUGGAGAGAUUUGCGUCGACACUGGGAGAGGUUGUUCACUACUUCUCACAAGUCCUCUUGCGGCCUCUCAGAACUUUGAGUACAAAAUGUCCAAUAUCCUCGACAAGCCCUUAGAGAGUGUCUUCGGGUACAUCAGUGUCUUGCCCGGUGCCUUCAGUGCAUACAGAUACAAGGCUUUACAAAAUGGGCCUGAUGGGAAAGGCCCUUUGGCCUCGUACUUCAAGGGUGAAACUAUGCAUGGAGGUGGCGCUGACGGUGCUGGAUUGUUCGAACGAAACAUGUAUCUUGCGGAGGAUCGGAUUCUAUGCUUUGAGAUCGUCACCAAGAAGCGGGAGGGCUGGACGCUUAAGUAUGUCAAGAGCGCCAAAGCCUCCACGGAUGUCCCUACCUCCAUCCCGGAGUUUAUCUCUCAGCGCCGUCGGUGGCUAAACGGUUCGCUGUUCGCCUCCUUCCACUCCACUAUAUUCUUUUGGAGGAUUUGGACUUCUGGCCAGAACCCUAUCCGGAUGUUUAUCCUCCAGAUCGAAUUCAUCUACAACGCCGUGCAGCUCUUUUUCACUUGGACCUCUCUCGCAAACUUCUACUUGGCCUUCUUCUUCCUGGUUUCGUCGGCCACAAAUGCCAGCGGCAAGAACAACGCGUUCAACUUCCUUAGUGCGAGCGCUGGGAAAGAUGUGUUCGAGAUUUUCCUAAAUUUGUACAUCGCUCUCAUCUUCGUUACCACGGUUUGUUCGCUCGGCAACCGUCCUCAAGGUUCAAAGUGGAUUUACGCACUCUCCAUGAUCUUGUUUGGACUUUGCAACGCUAUCACGUUGUGGUGUGCUGGAUACACUGUAUACCUAAACGUGCCGCACACCGUGAACGGCUGGGAAGACUUCCCUCAUUUGGUGGCAACGAACAAAGCUUUGCAAGAAAUUGUCAUCUCACUUGCUGCUACCUACGGUCUCUACUUCGUUGCCUCAUUCAUGCACUUUGAGCCAUGGCACAUGUUCACUUCGUUCAUCCAGUACAUGUUCCUCCUUCCUAGCUAUGUCAAUAUUCUCAUGAUGUACGCAAUGUGUAACUUGCACGAUGUCACCUGGGGUACGAAAGGUGACAAUGGUGCUGCCAAAGACCUGGGUGGCGCUAAGAAGAUCAAGGGUGAUGACGGUAAAGAGGUCAUGGAGGUCGAGGUUCCGACUGCUCGCGAGGACGUCGACCGCUUGUGGGCAGCAUCCCGCAGCUCUCUCAAGAUCAAGCCUCCUGAAGAAAAGGAGCAUCGUGACGCUGCCACCAAACAAGCUGACCACGACAGAAACAGCCGGACGAAUGUCGUUCUUGCUUGGAUCGGAACCAACAUGAUCAUGAUCAUUGUAUUCACUUCGACUGCGUUUUUGAACUGGGUAAACAAGCAUGUAGAGACUACCCAAGGGUCAGACUUCAACCCCUACCUCAGCUUCCUCUUCAUCGCACUUGCUGGCCUCUCCGCUAUUCGCUUUGUGUGCUCCGCCCUAUACCUAGUAUUCCGACUUUUUGGUUUCUGAUUUGACACAACCUGGAGUUGCAAACAGUCAUCAUCGGGAGAGUCGAUCUCUCAAGUGGAUGUUUGAAUAUGUACGAAGGGAUAAUUUACUGGUUAAAGAUGUACUUUUACAUACUUUCGUUCUGUGUCUGCAAUUAAAUUUACGUUUGUUUUUGUUC